CUGAGGAAGUUCCAAUAGUUAAGCAAAUAGGAAUCGAUAUUGACUUGAUUCUCUGAUCACCUUUUUACGCUACAAGAUCACUUGAAUACAGAUCUUUUGUUCCAACAUAUGUACUCCGUCUGGGGUACUCCAUAAUCUGUUUUUAUUUGAUGCGCACGGGCUUGCAAAGGGCUCCGCGAUGACACCCCGUCGAUAAAUGGAUAUACAGUCCCAGCCUGCUGAAUCCUUUUCUUCACAGACACCUGAACACUCCGUAUUGGUGUACUUUCUCAAGGACUCAAGCGGGGCUAGUGAGCUCAAUGAGAGCCGUGUGUGUAUCCGUCACUUCAACUACCAAAUGAAAAAGGGGGCGAAACAAAGAAUCUCCAGGCUUGCUGGAUCUAGGCUUACAUUGGAAGAGCUUGUGAAGCUCCGACUUCGAUGCCCAAUCCUAUCUAGCCCACUACAAAAGUGGACGUCGGCUGACAUGUUUGAAAUUCCCGUGAUUUACUCCUUUUUGAUGUGAACUGCCCCGUGUCGCUGUUGGUACUGUCCCUGAAGUUCUUUUGAUCGAUUUACCCUGCCUCGGAGCCUCUCUUGGGCAGGCUCCCCCAAGAGUGCAAAAAAGAUGAUCCUUUCACCAGAGAGGAUUCCUUAAGCAAGCUCACCGCCUGAAAGAACAAUGUGGGCCUAGGUAAGGCAUGACUUUGUCCAGUCGUUUUAUCGUCUUCCAGCAGCUUGAUCGAAGUUGCCUUGAUACAAACAAAUAAUAUUAUUGGUGAACAAUCCC